CAUAUUCUAGUUAAAAGGCAGUUUUUGCUUACACCUACGUAUGGCACUACAUUUAAUAGUUGUCAAGGCCCAAUGCUCAACAAGGUUGUGGUAGAUCUGACUUUACUAGUUUUCUCUCAUAGCCAGUUAUACACUGUGCUCUUGCAGAUUGAGCAUAGAUAA